CAAAAAGGCGUCGGUGGGAGAUUAUACCGCAGGGAUCUUCGGAGUUCUAGAGAGAGAAAGAGAGUGUUAGAGAGAGAAAUUUUCUAGAGAGAGAAAGCUUUGUAUAUAAGCGAUCAAAAGCUUGAGGUCUGAAUUUCUGGAAGCAAACCCAUAAAGAGGAGAGAGAAACUGCGAAGUUUGGAGGUCCAGAGGAGAGAGAAAGAGGAGGGGACACCCAAAAAGAAACCGGCUUUAGAACAACAGAAGAUUACCCAGAAAUAAAUAAGCCGUUGUCCCCUUCAAAUUAUUCAAUAAUGGCGGAUUUUUCCAGCACUGAUUCAGUUUCUCUUGAUAUGGAAACUAUUUAUCUUGGUGGAAAGGAAUACCAUGUAAAAACAGGCUACGGCCCUGUGUCUGUCAUUGUUUAUGGAGACAGAGAUAAGCCAGCAUUGGUUACAUAUCCAGAUUUGGCUUUAAAUCAUAUGUCUUGUUUCCAAGGAUUAUUCUUUUUCCCUGAGGCCGCCUCUUUGUUGCUCCACAACUUUUGCAUCUACCAUAUUAGCCCUCCUGGACACGAGUUAGGAGCUGCUGCGUUAUGUCCAGAUAAUCCUGUGCCCUCAGCAGAAGAUUUAGCUGACCAGAUCCUCGAGGUUCUCAACUUUUUUGGGCUUGGUGCAGUGAUGUGCAUGGGAGUAACAGCAGGAGCUUACAUACUUACCCUAUUCGCUCUGAAGUACAAAGAGCGUGUUCUUGGUUUGAUACUUGUGUCACCUCUGUGCAAAGGACCUUCAUGGACUGAAUGGCUGUACAAUAAGGUUUUGUCGAAUUUGCUUUAUUUCUAUGGAAUAUGUGGCUUGGUGAAGGAGUGUCUGCUGAAACGUUACUUUAGUAAGGAAGUUCGUGGCAGUGCAGAAGUCCCAGAAUCAGACAUAGUGCAAGCAUGCAGAAGGUUACUAGAUGAGAGGCAGAGCAUUAACGUCUUACGGUUUUUAGAGACGAUGAAUGGGAGGACCGACUUUAGCGAAGGAUUGAAAAAACUGAAAUGUCGGACGCUGAUAUUUGUUGGGGAUGAAUCUCCUUUUCAUGCAGAUGCCCUUCACAUGAUCUCAAAACUGGACAAAAGAUGCAGUGCUUUGGUUGAGGUACAAUCUUGUGGAUCAAUGGUGACAGAGGAACAGCCGCAUGCCAUGCUGGUCCCACUGGAAUACUUUCUCAUGGGAUACGGAUUGUACAGGCCGUCUCAUCUCAACGGAAGCCCGAGAAGUCCUCUCAGUCCAUCUUGUAUCUCACCCGAGUUGCUUUCCCCUGAAAGCAUGGGCUUGAAGCUGAAACCAAUAAAGACUCGUAUUCUUUGAAUGGAUGACUUACAAGGUGUAUUUUCCCUACAUUUUCCACUCUUUCUGUUGUAAUUUUUUUAUAUCUUUUGGGAUGACGAUGGAGGUUCAUAGUUGGAGGGAUGUAGAUAUUUAGGAAUGUUUUUGAUAGGAAGGGGACAUUUAUAUAGGGGAGGGGGGUUACUAUUAUUCAUUCAUUUGUAGUCAUUCAUAAGCGAGCAGAGAUUGGUUAUUUGCUUGUAAAUCUUUACAACAACAUUCUAUGAUGACGAGCAAUUAAUAAUGGAGCAAAUUCAUGGGUUUUUUUU